CUUGACAGGGUCUCAUUGUCAUCAAGUCAUGUCGAGAUAAUUAACGGGGGGAGGUAUCAAGAGGUAUUCAUACAUCUGUUAAAUGGCGAAUAAUACUCUGAGCAAUGGUGGAGUGCCCCAACACUCGGCGAAUCGAAGGAGUGACAGAUCAGUUGACAAGUCGAAAAAAGAUAUUCCCGCCAUCGAGUGCCGAAAUUGGUUGCUCCAUCGUCAUUACACGCGUCAUGAAUACAGAAUAGCAAAAUUUUUAAUUGAUCAGGAAUUAAUGAACUCCCAUGGACACAAUGAGUACGCGAGUUAUUUAAAGGGAUUAAUUCUCCGACGAGAGGGGAAAGUUCAAGUGUCUCUCGAUUGCUUUCAAAAUUGUUACAAUGUUAAUUCCACAAACGUGAAUAACGUUAAACAAAUAGCUAAAUCCCUAUUUCUCCUGGGGAGUCACAAAAGAGCAGUCGACGCGUACCUAGAGGCCGGAAGAAUGUCCCCAUCGCCCGAUUGGGAGAUUCAUCACAGUCUGGGCGAGUGCUACGUGAAAUUAAAUUUAUCGGAGGACGCCAGGAGGGAGUUCAAGAGGUCGACGGAACUGACGAAGAACGAGAUUCCCUAUGUGUCGUUGGGACGUCUUCACGUCGAAGAGAAUCGAGUCGACGAUGCGAUUGCAGUUUAUUCAGCAGCACUCAAGAAUUCUUGUGAGAGCGAGGAUGCUGCAAUUGAGCUGGGGCUCGUGUACCUCGCCACUGGAGACAUACAGCAAGCCUUUCAACAAUUUGGAACUGUCCUGGCCCAUUCCUCAAUGUGCACCAGAGCAAUUAUUCCCAUGGCGUACAUCAUCCAGAAUCACCAGGAGUACGACGUUGCACUAUCCAAGUACAAAAUUGCUGCUCAGAUGCUUCCCGAGUCCUACCACUUGUGGAAUAAUAUCGGCAUGUGUCUGUACGGAAAGCAGAAAGUUGUUGCUGCAAUCAGCUGUUUGAAGAGAGCUCAUUACUUGAACCCAAUGGCAUUGCUUCCGGCAUGCAAUUUGGGACGAGUACUCCUGACCACUGGCCAGCCAGCAUCAGCAGCAAUUUACUUAUGCUCUGCAGUCACAGCAGCUCCAAAAAAUCCCCAACCCUACCUCCUCCUGGGAAUCGCCCUGAAAAAACUCGACGAUUUGGAGGGAUCGGAGAAGGCCCUGUCCAAAGCCCAUUCGUUGACACCCCAGGAUCCACUGACACUCAUCAAUUACGCGGUUAUCCUGGAGGAACGAGGGAAAAAGGAUCGGGCAAACGAGAUCCUCUCAGACCUCAAGGACAUUGCCGCCGUAACAACUGUUGAGCCCCAGAUCGUGGAAGCUGCCAGGAGUUUGUCGAGAAAACUUCUGGCCAACACCAGGAUAACUGAAGACAAACGUUUGCUUAAUGAAGACGAGGUUUGAAUGGGAAAUUUUAUUGCAAUUUAUUCAUUUACAGAAUUUUUAACGACUCGCGAGAAUUAAUUCAACAGUCAA